AUGUCUACUACAUUGCAUUCAGAAUCAGACGAUUCUUCUUCAUAUUCCUCUUCAGAGUAUGAGGAGCAAAUAGACGAUGAUAAACUUCAACCAAAGAUACCGUUGUCUACGUCUGUGUUUCUUGAGAAACUACCUAAGGAGCAAUACCAACAAUUGAACAAGACGAUACUAGAUCAUGAGAACCAAGAAUUACAACCGUCAACAUCAAAGCAAGAUCAGGCCCGCCCGGAUUUGGUAUCUCCACGGCAACAUACACAACCUGACUCAGCACAAAUACAAAAGAUAACCAUUAGAUUCCAAUCAAUUGGAUCUACACCAUCAAUCAAUCCUAAAGUAUUUAAAAUAUCAUCCUCACAAACAAUAUCUACAUUACUGAGGUUUCUAUCUCAACGGUUAAAACACAAAGGCUUGUUGUACUUGUAUGUUCAAAAUUCAUUUCUGCCUAAUCCAGAUGAAACAAUUGGUGAUUUGUUUAAUCUGUUUAAGACGAACAACGAAUUGAUAAUUAGUUACUGUUACUCUGUUGCAUUUGGUUAA